AUGGAUAGUAUGAAUAGAGAAGAUUGGUUAUUAUGGCAAUUCGCGGAUUCAGCAUUACCUACAGGUGGAUUUGUGGCUUCAUCAGGAUUAGAAGUGGCCAUACAAACAGGAUACGUUAAAGACUCCGAUUCAUUAUCAUUAUUCUUAUCGUCAAGCAUUGAAAAUUAUGCUUAUUCCGCUUUACCUUUUGUAACUGAUUCCUGGCAAGUUCUCUUUGAAACAUCUAAUGAAGAUGUAAUUUUGGAAAGUAUCAUAAAGUUGGAUCAUUUGUAUGAAGCAUGUACAAGCAAUGUUAUUACUAAACGUGCUUCAAAAGCCCAAGGGGUUGCCAUGUUAACUUUAUUUAGUAAAUCAUUUGGUGAAGAAUUUGGUAAUGAGGGCAGAAAAGUUGGGGAUAAAGUUGUUGAUAGAUUGAAGUUUGAAGUUAGAAAAGAGAAUACAUUUGGUCAUUUACCUAUUACCUUUGGAUUGGUUUCCAAGUGUCUUGGAAUCAGUUUAGAACGCGCUCAACAAUUAUUCCUCUUUCUUUUCUCUCGGGCUGCUUUGUCUGCUGCCGUCCGCUUAAAUAUUGUUGGACCUUAUUAUUCUCAAAGAAUGUUAACUAAAUGUCAAACUUUCGUUGACACCUCGCUCAAAAAAACAUAUAAUAUUAAAGCUGACGAUGCCGCACAGACUUCUCCCAUUCUUGACAUUUUACAGGAAACAGAUACGAAAACGUUAUACUCAUGCCUUUUCGUAAAUCGAACGUGGUGCAUGAAUAUUAUUCCUUUUAUUUGGAAAAAACCUUUUAAAAUUUCAAAGAAUAUCGAAAAACUUGUACCCAUCUUCUUUUCAUUUCUUAAUGAUGAAACAAAAGAAUUUCUUCAAGUACAAAAUCAAAAUCUUGACAUCCCAUAUACACUUCUAUUUGAUUACCCCUGUUACAUCAAGGAAAUGCAUUUUGGUAGCAUUAAUUAUUCCAUUGAAAAAUGGAUCGAUGAGAAUAGAAUUAUUAGACCCACUUUAUGUGAUGAUUACUUUACAAAAAAUGAAUCAUCUUACAAUUAUAAUUUUAUAAGAUUUGUUUCAAAAGUCAACAAGUCGGAACGAAUCGAAAUACUUAAAUUAUGCGAGCAUGGUAAUGAAUACCAAUAUAACUCGAUUAAGAUAUUAUUUUAUCAAUCUUUAUUAUUUUCCACACCUAAAAUUGAGAAUCGUUUAAAAAACCUUCAAAAAUUGAUAUGCAUGGAAAAUUGGUUUAGGGAAGAAAUAUUCAUCAAGUUAUCAAAUAUCUCUAACAAUAUUAAAUACAUUCAUGUUGAUAUUGAUGUGUACAAUCCAACAUUAAAAGACAAAGAAAGCUUUACUAAAUUAAUUAAGUCUCAAAAUAAUUUGGAAAAGAUCAUUAUCUCUUGUUAUAAUACGCAAAAUUAUAUCGAUGAAUUUAUGAAAGCAUUAAUUAAUCAUACUCAUUCCUUAAAAUCAAUUAAUCUUGAAUUUGGAAAGAUUAAAGAAAAUAAUUCCUUGAGUUUUUUAAAGAAUUGUUUUAAACUUGAGGAAUUAAUCUUAAAUAGAUUAGAAUUAGCUUAUGAUUAUGUUGAAUUAUUAUUUGAAAUCAUUUUACCUAAUCUUAAAAAACUUUACAUUCAUAACAU